AUGGUACCGAUCUACGCAACUUCAUCUUGGCUACAACUCCGCUUCUAUUGGCAUGCGAUCUACUUCCAGGUUAUUACCGACUGUUAUGAGGCGUUCGCCAUCUCGUCUUUCUUCGCCCUUCUUUGUCACUAUGUCGCCCCUGAUGUCCACGAGCAGAAAGAGUUCUUCCGGAUGAUGCAGCCGGUGAAAGCCUGGGUUUGGCCGCUGAACUGGUUCAAGGCCUGCUGUGGAGGCGAAAGAGGCCCAUGGAGGACGCCAAAGAGCGGUUUGACCUGGUUCAAUAUCAUCUGGAUCGGCAUCUAUCAUUACUGCUUCAUCCGAGUUGCCAUGACCAUCACUGCCGUCGUGACGCAGUACUUUGGCCGUUAUUGCGAGAGUUCUAACAGUCCUGUAUUUGGGCACAUUUGGACUGCAGCCUUGGACGCAGUGGCCGUCACGGUAGCAAUGUACUGCGUUAUCCAGUUUUAUGUCCAGCUGCGAGAGCCGCUCGCCGAGCAUCGACCCUUUCUGAAAGUCUUGGCCAUCAAGCUGGUCAUCUUCCUCUCGUUCUGGCAGUCCAUGGCUAUAUCUGUCGGCACCUCGUCUACUGUGGAUAUUGUGCACGCUAACGACGUGCUGGCAUACCCCGAUAUCAAAGUCGGCAUCCCUUCGCUUUUGCUGUGCUUCGAGAUGGCGCUCUUUGCCAUUCUGCAUCUUUGGGCCUUCCCCUACCGACCCUAUCUUCCCAAUGCUAAGCCCGGUUUCUACCCGGUGCCGAGUCCGGAUUGUGGUGUACCACCACGAGAGAAUGCCCAUCUCGCGCCGGCUGGUGGCUUCCUUGGUCUCAAGGCCAUCUGGGACGCUAUGAAUGUCUGGGAUGUUGUCAAGGCGUUCGGGCGGGGUAUCCGAUGGUUGUUCGUUGGCGUUAAGCACCGCAAGGAAGACAUCAGCUACCAGCCGCAUAAGGAGUCGGCGACCGGCCUCGAUAUGGACGACAUGUCGCCGCAGAAGCAUGGUGGAGACCGCUUGAACGUCGACACGGCCUACCGCGGCCAUAAGCCUGGCGUCAAGAGCACCGACCACCUGCCGAUUGCGACCGAGUUCCGGCGGAGCAAGUUCGACAUGAUGUACAACACGGAGAACGAUCCCUCGCGCGGACGGUCGGAUAGCGAUGGCGUAGAGAGCGCGGGCCUCAUCGCCAACGCGCAGCCGAACCCGUCAAGCGCGAACAGGAGGCGCGACGAGCCGUCGCCGUACCGAGACGGCCGGUACGAUCCGCCGUCGGACCCGUACUACGGCGCUCCUGGACAGGCAGAAUGGGAGGCGGCGUCAGGCUCACCGACGCGGACGCGGAACCCCAGAGAUCCAGCACAGUCGGUGGUGGGCGAGGCGCUGUGGGGACCAAGGCAACCACCGCACGGAGGACCGCCACAGCCGGGUUCUGCGUUCUGA